AUGCCCCAGCUGUACCCAGGAACCUCUGCUCCAUUCCAGGGGCACCGGGCGCGGUUCUUCGCCUACCUGCCGGUGGGGAUCUGCUGUGUGGCUCCCUGCCCCCGCUCCGCCCGCCUGGCCCUGGCCCGGACCGACGGCGCCCUCGAGGUCUACAACUUUGCAGCGAACUACUUCCAGGAAAAGCAUAUCCCCGGCCAUGAGACGAGAUCCACCGAGGCGCUGUGCUGGGCCGCGGGGGAUCGGCUCUUCGGAGCAGGCCUGAGCGGAGACAUCUGCGAGUACGACCUGGAGAAGCUGCGAGUCAAGUAUUCCCUGGACGGCUUUGGGGGCCCUAUCUGGAGCAUGGCGGCUGACCCCAGUGGCACCCAGCUGGCCGUCGGCUGCGAGGACGGGUCGGUGAAGCUUUUCCAAGUCUUGCCUGAUAAAAUCCAGUUUGAGAGGAGCCUGGACCGGCACAAAGGCCGCGUCCUGUCCCUCUCCUGGCAUCCCUCUGGGACCCGCAUUGCCAUCGGCUCCAUCGACCUCCUCCGAGUGUUCGACGUCAAAUCAGGCCAUGCUGUCCAGCGGAUCCUGGUGGACCGGCGCCUGCAGGGGCCCCGCAGCCAGGAGUGCGUGGUGUGGGGCGUGGCGUUCCUGGCCGACGGCUCCAUCGUCAGCUCCGAUUCGGCGGGGAAGGUGCAGUUCUGGGACUCGGACAAAGGGACCCUGCUAGAGACCCACCCGAUCAGCAGCUCGGCCGCCCUGUCCCUCGCGGUGUCCGAGGAGGAAGACAGCAUCGUGGUGGGCACCUCGGAGGGGGCCGUGUCCCAGUUCCAGCUGCUGCCGGUGAAGUGGGGCAGUGCGGAGAGGCGGUGGGUGCGGACGAAGCCGUUCCAGCAUCACACCCACGACGUGCGGGCCGUGGCCCACAGCGCCACCGCGCUCAUCUCCGGAGGCUUGGAUGCCCAGCUGGUGAUCCGCCCGCUGAUGGAGAAGAUGCACGGAAAGGGCUACGACGCUGCCCUCCGGAAAUUCACCUUCCCCCAUCGACGCCUCGUCUCGUGCGCGAAGAAGGCCAGGCUCCUCCUCUUCCAGUUCCCCCAGCACCUGGAGCUCUGGAGACUCGGCAGGGGGGGGCUCCCAAGCAGGGAGUCGGGCAGAGAUGGCGACGUCCUGCCGGUUUCCCGGGCCCCGGAGCACCUGCUGCAGCUGAAGAGCAAGGGCCCAGAGCACAUCUGCUGCAGCUGCAUCUCGCCCUGCGGCAGCUGGAUUGCGUAUUCCACCGCUUCCCGGCUCCAUCUGCACAGAGUCCAGCUCCCACUCUGUUCUCUUGCCCUCACCAAGGUUCCCAAGGUGCCCAAGCAGCUGAAUUCGGCCCACCAGCUCCUGUGCUCUGCCGACUCGGCCAGGCUGUUCGUGGCCUCCGACCAGGGUGCCGUGCACGUCCUCGCGCUCCUGGAGCCGGGGGGCUGCAAGCAGCUGCAGACGCUCCGCCCCAACUCGGGUAAGUGGCUGCCGGCGGGGGCCAGUCCCCCAGGCACUCCAGCCUCCGUCCCCCCAAGCUGUGCUGGGAUGGGGAGGGGCGAGCUCUGGACUGAACUGUUCCAGCCCCACUGCCUUCCCUUGGCUUUGCUGCCACACUGCACCGUGCCCGCGUACAACUGCGCUGUGACCGCCCUGGCCAUUCACCCCGUGACCAACAACCUCUCCCUCCCCCUUCUCUCCUCUCAGCCACACUGCACCGUGCCCGCGUACAACUGCGCUGUGACCGCCCUGGCCAUUCACCCCGUGACCAACAACCUCGUCGUCACCCACUCGGACCAGCAGGUGUUUGAGUUCAGCAUCCCCGACAGAGAGUACACCGCCUGGAGCAGGAAGGUGCAGCAGUAUGGGCUGCACAGGGGCUGGCUGGAGCGCGACACGCCCAUCACCCACAUCACCUUCAACCCCCGGCAGCCCGCCCACAUCCUCCUCCAUGACACGCACAUGUUCUGCAUCCUGGACAAGUCGCUGCCCCUCCCCGAUGAUGCAACCCCGCUGCUGAAUCAGACGGCCUUGAAGCAGCUCUCGGAGAAAGCCAGGCGGGGCCAUGCUCACGCCUUCAAGAUCUGCAAAAAGUACCAGCCCCUGCUGUUUGUGGACCUGCUGGAGGACGGCUGCCUGGUGGUGGUGGAGCGGCCCCUGAUGGACAUCAAGACGCAGCUGCCGCCCCCUGUCCAACAGAAGAAGUUUGGCACCUAAGCGCCACAGACACUCUGCACUAUUGCUGCUGGG